UUCAAAUCCUCAACGCUCCGAUUUUAAAAUUCGAAUUUACCGCUCUCCAUAACCCCGAUUCCCAAAUUCUCAACAUUUCAUUUUCUCCACCUUCACAUUUUGACCAUAAUUUUUAUCUUCUUCUUCAAUUAGCCCCAAAUUUCUCUCUUUCUCCGCAAGAAAACCGCUUGGAAACGACCAUGGGCGGUGCUCACAGUCGCGAGGAUCUUGAAAUCUCCGACUCCGACGAGGAGGAACAGACGGACGGGGAAGAAGACAACUACGAGGACGCCGAAGACAAUGGAGAGGGAUCUUCCGAGCGCCGAUCCAAAACCCCACCCUCCAUUGACGACGUGGAGGCCAGGCUCAAAGCUCUCAAGCUCAAAUACUCCCCCGCCCAAAACCCUAAUCUCAAAAACGCCGUCAAGCUCUACCUUCACAUCGGCGGCAAAACCCCCAAGGCCAAAUGGGUAACCUCCGAAAAGCUCACUUCUUACUCUUUUCUCAAGACUUCUCGUAUUGGAUCAGGCGACGAUGACGAUGGCGAAGAAGAAGAUGAAGAUGGAGAAGGUGAAGAUUCUUGGUGGGUCUUGAGGGUUAGUUCGAAGAUUCGAGAGAAGGUCUCUGCGGAACUGCAAUUGAAGACUUUUGCGGACCAGCGUCGCGUUGAUUUCGUGGCCAAAGGUGUUUGGGCGAUGAAGUUCUUCAACGACGACGAUUACAAGGCUUUCGUCGCCAAGUUUCAGGAGUGUUUGUUCGAGAACACGUACGGGUAUGAGGCCACGGAUGCGAACAAGGUUAAGGUUUACGGGAAAGAUUUUAUGGGCUGGGCGAAUCCGGAGGCUGCGGAUGAUUCUAUGUGGGAAGAUGCGGAGGAUAGUUUCGUGAAGAGCCCCCAGUUGGCGACGCCGUUGAGGGAGAAUCAGGAUUUGAGGGAGGAAUUCGAGGAGGCGGCGAAUGGGGGUAUUCAGAGCUUGGCGUUGGGCGCAUUGGAUAACAGUUUCUUGGUGGGUGAUUCCGGCAUUCAGGUUGUGAAGAAUUUCAGCCAUGGAAUCCAUGGGAAAGGCGUUUAUGUCAAUUUUGAUCGCGGCAGUUACAACCGUGGUCCGAGUUUGGCGCAAUCAACUCCCAAAAAGGCUCUGCUUAUGAGGGCGGAGACCAAUAUGCUACUCAUGAGUCCUUUCAAUGAAGGGAAGCCUCAUUCCAAGGGGCUUCAUCAUCUUGAUAUCGAAACGGGGAAGAUUGUUACUGAGUGGAAGUUUGCAAAAGAUGGGACUGAUAUUGCAAUGAGGGACAUUGUAAAUGACAGCAAAGGAGCCCAGUUGGAUCCUACAGGUUCGACAUUCUUGGGAUUGGAUGACAAUAGGCUGUGCAGGUGGGAUAUGCGAGACAAGAAUGGGAUGGUUCAGGACCUUGCGGCUGGGGAUGGCCCUGUUUUGAAUUGGACGCAAGGGCAUCAGUUCUCUAGAGGGACUAAUUUCCAGUGCUUUGCAAGCACUGGCAAUGGCUCAAUUGUUGUUGGAUCGCUUGAUGGGAAGAUCCGGUUGUAUUCGAGCAGUUCAAUGAGACAGGCGAAGACAGCUUUUCCCGGUCUUGGCUCGCCUAUUACACAUGUGGAUGUUACGUUUGAUGGGAAGUGGAUUUUGGGCACGACUGAUACCUAUUUGAUACUUAUCUGCACCCUUUUUAUUGACAAGGGUGGGAACACAAAGACAGGUUUCGCUGGUCGUAUGGGAAACAGGAUAUCGGCUCCAAGACUGUUGAAGUUGACUCCUCUGGAUUCACAUCUAGCUGGAGCUGAUAAUAAGUUCCGUAAUGCGCAGUUUUCUUGGGUCACGGAGAGUGGGAAGCAGGAGCGUCAUUUGGUGGCAACUGUGGGCAAAUUUAGUGUGAUCUGGAACUUCCAACAGGUGAAGAAUGGCUCGCAUGAGUGCUACCGCAAUCAGGAGGGCCUGAAGAGCUGCUACUGCUACAAGAUUGUCCUCAAGGAUGAUUCCAUCGUUGAUAGUCGCUUCAUGCAUGACAAGUAUGCAGUCACCGACUCACCUGAGGCCCCGCUGGUUAUAGCCACCCCCAUGAAAGUCAGUUCCUUCAGCAUUUCCAGCAGGCGAUGACGUUCAAAGUCAUGAUCCUUUCUUUACUUUGUUAUCUUUCUCAGCUUUAUUACUGAAGUUGCAAACGCUUUGUUUAGAACUUCAUGGGUGUACCGUAGAUUGUUUGUUUAACUAGGCCAUUUAAAUUACUGAUGAUCUCUAAUUGUACUCUCUUGUGCCAAGAAGAUCCUAGAAUUACUUUUGCAUUUGCGAGUUGUUCUGAACUUGUAAUUACUUCUAGCUGUGGUAUUUUUUUUUACCUCAAGAAAUUGUGAUGACAGU